GUUUUUCCCUUCUUUUUUACUUAUUUUUAUUAUCCUUGUUUCCUGAUUGCAGGCAAAAGAAGGAGGAGCUGUCACAGAGGAUAGCUGAAGAAAGAGCUCGCCGAGAAGAGGAAGAAGCUCGCAGACAGGAAGCAGAAAAAACCCGAAAGGAUGCAGAGGAGGAGCGGGAAAAGGAAGAGCGGCUGCGCCGACAGGCGGAAGAGAGACAACAGAAGGAGAAAGAAGAGAUGGAACGCAUUCAGAAACAAAAAGAAGAAGAAGCUCGCAUACGGGAAGAGGCAGAGCGGAUUAGAUUAGAACGUGAAAAACAUUUCCAAAGAGAAGAGCAAGAGCGCUUGGAAAGGAAGAAGAGGCUUGAGGAGAUCAUGAAGAGAACUAGGCGUGCAGAAGCUGUAGAUAAGAAACCCAAUGACCAGCAAAAUGGACAUAUAUCAAAGGCAAAUAUUACUGGAGAAGCAGUCAUAACCAGCCCUGCAUCUCCCUUGGAACCUGCAGGAGGACCUCAGCUUCAACAUGCAACACAAUCUCCGCACAACGGGAAGCCCAUCACCUGCUCGCGUGUGAUUGUUUCGCAUCAACCCCCCAUAAAUAUGGACAGCAAUCUCAACCCAGAGAAAAAUGCAAAUGAAAAUGGAAUGUCUAUGCAGAAUGAUAACUUCGAAGAGAUCAUAAACCUGCCUAUUGGUUCCAAACCAUCCCGGCUGGAUGCCAUGAACAAUGAUGGAAGCAACAGUCCCGAAAUUCCUUUGAAUCCAAUUCUAGCUUUUGAAGAUAAGGGGACUCUCUUGCCUCAGGUAGAUAGUGUUCAAACACAUCAAACAGCAGAAGUGAUCUGAUUGUUUCUUCUGAAGAACCAAAGGUGAUAUGAGCAUCUCUGCAGUCAGUGGAGUUUCUUCCAUGCUAUGAAGGCAUAUUUUAUUUUUUCUCUCCAGUUUUUUUUAAAAGAUUUCUUGAAUAUCUAUUUUGGAAGGACUUUAGUAAAACCAGCAGAAGAAAUGAUGGGAAUAGACUUGGAUCACCUUUCUAAUAUCUUUCAUCACUAGAAAAAUCAUGCUUCACAUGCGUUACUUAAUAUGGCUUUUCCAACAAGCUUUUUCUGUUAGUAAAUGGAUAUUUCUGCAUUCCUUAAGACACAAGACACUGGAAUCUGAAAGCAAUGGGCUGAUUUGGGUGGUGGGACUGAUUCUUUUUUUAAAAAGGUGGGUGUUGGUUUAAAGGGCAUAAUUGUAAAAUUGGCAAAGAAUCUUUUACACUUUAUGGUUCUAAUACUUGAAAAAUAAAUACCUCAUCGCUCUACAAGUAGAGUUAAUGGGGUGUUUUAUUUAAACCUGUUGGUUUAAAUAUUAUUGCAGAGAACUCUAAUUAUGGGGGCAAAGUAUAGGCUUCUGUAUCAGGUUCUUGUAAAUGUAAUUCCUACAGGGACAUUCUGUAAAUUGAGACGUCACUAUGAUCUUCUCACAUUUUCUCUAAAAACACAAAACACGGCAGGUUUUAAAAUGUGAAAAUUUGAAAGCGUUAUUUUUUCAUGGACAAGAGGAAAACCUAUUGUUCUCCUAGAUUAUGUAUUUAUGAAUUUUGUUCAGUACAUAAAUAAAUUGUUUAAUUGAAUAAAUUAGAAAAAUGUGGUAAAAUAAUACUGCAAACUUGAUUUUUUCUUUUUUUUACCUCCAUCCACUUUUGCAAUACUAUAAAGAUGUGUACACAGACAUGCACACAUGUGUGCACACACAUAAGGAAAUACCUUGUUCUGAGUCCUGUAAAUUGCUGCUGCUCCCGAUGGUGGAAGACUUUUCCUUUGCCUUAUCAGAUUGUUGAAGGCUCUGUGAAAUGUGAAAUAUUUGAUUUUUGGAUGAUGAAGCAGGGUGGGCUUUUUUUGUUUGUUUUGCUCGUUUCAGAGCAAAUGGAAAAUGCUCCUUGUUUGUGCUUUUUAUGUAGUGUGUGAUUUUUAUAACGCAGUACAGUUUGAGUGAUAAGAGGAGCAAUGCAGGUUGCUUUCUCUUUAUUUUGAUGCUGAUUUCUACUGUCAUUGUUCCAUCCGUCACUUUGGGUUGCUAUUGGGCAGAACUGUAAAAUCUUGCACCUUUUUGUGCUUUGAUAAACGAUGCUGUUAAGGUAGAGCUCACUCUAGGUAUUUAAGUUUGAAGCACCAACCAGGGCUUGAUGCGUUGCUCACUGAAGUCAGUGAGAGGAUCCUUGGCUAGGGGAAAUGGAGGUUUAUGGGGUGUCAGUUCAAGCUGCCAAAGAAGGUACCAUUAAGAUUCCUGCCCUUGCCUUUAGUGAGCACUGAGCUGGGCCUGUAGGCAGCUGUGCAGAAACUCUGUGCUAGCAGAAGAAAUCCUCUGAGGGAAAAGCUGAAGAGUUUUUGAAGAAAUUGCUUUCUGAUGCUGCCAAGUGUUCACCUUAUACAGGAGAUGGGAUAAAAGCAAUGGAAAUGCAAGGAAAAAGAGACUUCAUCUGCCCGAAUACCUAUGGAAGGGGAAAAACAGCCAUUCAGUCAGAAUGCUUUCAACAGCAGGUUGUGACACAGUGAAAUGAAUUGGGUUCCUUUCUUGCUUUCUUUAGUUUUCCAUGUACAUAGCCACAAUAUUUUGAAGUGUCCAAAAUAUGUAGUUUUUCUUUAAACCUACAUAUAGUAUGUAAGAACCAAAUAAAACUUGUUUGAAAUAUU